AUGUCUUUCUGUCCAACAGCAGGAGUGCUGGUCUCGAGCCUCAAAGACAACUUGGAGCAGGAUGGCUUUUCCAAGAACCCGUUCUUUCAUGGGAUCAUCGCUGAGGUGCCAGAACAGCACAAAACCAAAGAAGGGCACACAAAGGUUGGCUAUGCACUUUACUUCUAUUCCUACAGCUCGUUUGUAGGCAGAGCCAUUUAUAUGGAGGACCUGUAUGUGAUGCCUGAGUUCAGAGGGAAAGGUGUUGGUAAAGCACUAAUGAGCAAGGUGGCACAGCUGGCUCUGGCUGCUGGUUGCCACCAGCUCAACUUCACUAUCCUGAACUGGAACAAACCAUCGAUGGACUUUUACCUCAGCCAGGGCUGCUUCGAUAUCACUGCUACCAUGGGCUACCACUGCAUGCGCUGCGAGGGGGAGGCGCUGAAGCACCUGGCUCAAUUUUAACCCAUCCGUUAUGACCUUGUGACCCUUGCAGCCAUGAGGUCCGCCCACACACUGCAGGAAUGGAGCACCACUCAGUGGCUCUUUGCAAAACCUAACAACUUGAAGCGCCUACCUCAGCGUUACAAGGAUAACUGUCUGAAGGUCUGUGCAUAUAAGCUAAGAGUGCAGCACGCCUUUUAAAAUGAAUAUAGC